CUUCCCUGCCAGGCCCGGUUUCUUGGGGAUCUGGUCUCACUUUAGCCACAGCCGGUUUCCUCUUGCUGCCGCCUUUUCCACUUCCUCCACCACUUCUCCCACUUCGGCUUGCUUCUUCGUCGUUGUCGCCUUCACCUGCUGCGCAUCUCUCGUCAAAGCGUCACCUUUCGAUCCUCCCUGACCGCAUCGGCAACCGCAAGCAUCAUCCGAGGCUCUACCUCAUACCCAUAUCAUAUCCUCCCGCCAUUCCUCCCGACUGGUUCACUGCCACCCAAGAUGGUCAUCCCUUCGCGAUGGCAGGCCGACAUCCCGACCUGCUCGGUGCAGCAGUGGGUGUUUGGCUCCCAGUUUGACGAGCUGCCGACGACGCCGCAGUUCAUCGACCCGGAGCGGCCCGACACGCACCUGCUCACCGUCGCCGACUACCGCCUCUGGGCCAAGCGCAUCGCCCUGGGCCUCACCCGGCGCGGCCUCGAGCCCGGCGACCGCGUGCUGCUCUUCUCAGGCAACAACAUCUUCACGCCCGCCGUCUUCAUGGGCGUGCUCAUGGCCGGCGGCAUCUUCACCGGCGCCAACCCGUCCUUUGUGCCCCGCGAGGUCGCCUACCAGCUCAAGGACUCGGGCGCAAAGUUCAUGAUCGCCGCCGACAAGAGUCUCGAGAUCGCCCUCGAGGCCGCGCGCGAGGCCGGCCUGCCCACGUCGUCCAUCUUUGCGUACGACGACACGGCGCUCGACCGGACGACGACGCCCGGCGGAAGCAGUCACCGGCUUGGGGUGAGCCACUGGACCUCGCUGCUCGCGGACCCGGCCGACGCCGCCAAGUACAGCUGGGUCGAGCCGGCCGACCCGCGGGCGGCGACGUGCUGCCUCAACUACUCUUCGGGGACGACGGGUGUGCCCAAGGGCGUCGAGAUCACGCACCACGCGUACGUGGCCAACGGCGUGGGCGUCACGCACGUGGCCCGCAUGCGGCCCGACUACGACGCCUGGCUCGCGCGCCAGCGCCAGCUGUGCUUCCUCCCGCUCUACCACGCCUUCGGCCAGACGUACUUUACCUGCAACUACCCGCACCUCCGGGUGCCCGUGUACAUCAUGCCGGCGUUCGACUUUGUCAAGUUCCUCGAGUACACGUCCCGGUUCCGCAUCUCGGCCGUCACCGCCGUCCCGCCCAUCGUAGUCGCCCUCGCCAAGCACCCCUUGUCCCGCAAGUUCGACCUCAGCGCGGUCGAGUCCAUCGGGUGCGGCGCCGCUCCCUUGGCCGGCGAGAUUGCCGAAGAGGUGGCCAAGCUCUGGCCUAAGGGCCAUCUCCGCGUCCAGCAGGGCUGGGGCAUGACCGAGGUGACGUGCACGAGCAUGGGCUGGGACCCCCUAGACAAGGACCCGGCGCACGUGGCCAGCGUCGGAGAGAUGAUGCCCUCGUGCAAGGCGCGGCUCGUGGACCCCGUCACAGGCAAAGAAGUCACCGAGCCCAACGUCCGCGGAGAGCUCUGGGUCAGCGGGCCGACCACCAUGAAGGGGUACUGGAACAAGCCCGACGCGACGGCCAGCACGGUGCACGUCGAGACCGCGGAUGACGGCACGACCACGCGCUGGCUCAAGACGGGCGACGUGGCCUACGUCGACAAGUACGCCCCCGGCGCGCUCUUCUACAUUGUCGACCGCCUCAAGGAGCUCAUCAAGGUAAAAGGAAACCAGGUCGCCCCGGCCGAGCUCGAGGGCGUCCUGCUCGAGCACAAGGCCGUCGUCGACGCCGCCGUCGUGGGCGUCACCAUCAACGGCGAGGAGCUGCCCAGGGCCUAUGUCGUGCCUGACCCGUCUGCGGCGGCUCAGACGACCGAGCAGGACAUUGCAAAGUGGAUGGAGGGCAAGGUCGUCCGGUAUAAGUGGCUUAAAGGUGGAGUCAAGUUUGUCAAGGAGAUCCCCAAGAACCCGUCUGGCAAGAUCCUCCGCAAGGUUCUGCGUGACCAGGCUGCCGCCGAGGUCGGCGACAACAAGCCCAAGCUAUAGACGACGGGAGUCGAAGUGGGAAGCACGACAAUCUCAAAGAGAGACGGCGAUGAUAUAUGCCCUCUGAGGAUUCAUCAUAACGAUACAACUGAAUUUGGGGAUCAUGACGAGCGGUUCCGUACAACCUGUUUAGAAUACAUCUGAUACAUAGAGACCGCAUAUAUGCCCCCACUCGGGAUUCUGAACCGAGCCCACUGGCCUUUUGCGCCUCUCCAUCUCCAUGCCUAUGUCACAGAUGUCAUUGUGUAGAGAAGGAACACACUAGACAUGACCUGAUCAGCCACUCACACCGUCGUCGUCCUCGUCGUCGUCGGACGAAACGACGCCCGACACAGCCUCCCUCAUGGCCAUCAUUUCAUAUCCCAGCAGGACUCGGCAUAUAAUGGUGUUCGCG